UCUCUGGAAUACCCAACAGUUUCGGAUCUCCAGAAAAAGGAUAUUUUAAAAUGGCGAAUAAUUCCAAGGGUAAGAAGUCUGCUUAUAGUGGCUUUAUUGAAGUAGUGCCGAAGCAGACAACUACCUAUAAUUAUCAGUCAAAGCAAGGAGGGCAGUCCAGCUUCAACCAAACUACUACAAAGGAAAGCUAUGUGGACAAGCAAACUGGCAGCUAUGCUCGUGCAACAAACAGGGAAGUUGUGUCCACAGGAGAGACGUUCAAGGAGAGAUCAACCGGGAAAGUUGGUUACAAGGAUGAGUACAAGACAACCUCCACCUACAGGGUUGGGGACAAAAGUGGAUAUGCUGAAUAUCAGGUGGAGGAGAGGUUUCGUAAUGUCGAUUAUUAUGGAAGUGGCAGUGGCAACAAGGGCAACAAGUAUUUGAAGUAG